UGAAUUGGUAAUGUGUCGGGAGAAAUUUGUUCAAGGAGCCGUGGAAACAUUUCGUGAUAAGGGAAUCGGCGGACAACCAAUGAGGGCCGGUUAUGAUUCGUGAUAAGGUUUACUAAGUAAAGUAAGGGCAAAGAGGGAAGAUUUGGCGAGUCUCUGCUUCACAAACUGAUGAGCACCUUGAUACUCUUGAGUUGCUAUGCGCCAACAUGAACCCGGUAUUUUUAAUAAAGGCUUCAAAAUAGGACGUGAUUUUUCCCGCCUUUUACUACUUCGGGUUGGACCGGUUAAUUACGUGCAAGUUUGGUAUUGCACUUGCACUUUUGUAAUUUUCGUGACAAAGUUCCCAGACGAAUCAGCGAAGAAAUUUAGCUCAACAGCCGAGUCAGAGAUAAAAACAGUGUACCGAGAGAGGAUAUGGCGAUUCAGAGAGUCACCACCGCUCAAACUAGAAGAGGUAGAGGUGGAAGAAUCAUGAAGUUAUCUGGCUUGAUAGCGAUGAUAUUUGCAGCAGCGGUGGCGCCGUCGAUGGUGUUUGGUGCUGGUACAUUUAGCAGACGUGACUUCCCGCCGGACUUCGUGUUCGGCACCUCCACUUCAGCUUAUCAGGUUGAAGGUGCUGCAAAUGAAGAUGGAAGGAAGCCCAGCAUAUGGGAUACCUUCGCCCAUGCUGGUUACUCGGGCGGAGCUGAUGGAGACAUAGCAAGUGAUGAAUACCACAAAUAUAAGGAAGAUGUGCAACUCAUGGCUAAAAUGGGCUUAGAUGCCUACAGAUUUUCUAUCUCAUGGUCAAGGGUUAUUCCAGAUGGAAAAGGAGCAGUUAACCCUAAGGGAGUGCAAUACUGCAACAACCUUAUCUAUGAACUCAUAAGCCAUGGAAUCCAACCUCAUGUUACGUUACAUCAUUAUGACUUGCCCCAAGCACUUGAGGAUGACUAUGGAGGAUGGGUUAGCCAAAGAAUUAUAAAAGACUUCGCAGCUUAUGCAGAUUUGUGCUUCAAAGAAUUUGGUGACCGAGUUAAAUAUUGGACUACUAUAAAUGAGCCUAACGUAUUUGUUUUGGGAGGCUAUGACAUUGGGUUAUUUCCACCAAGGCGAUGUUCUCCUCUGUUUGGAUUUAAUUGUUCUGCUGGAAAUUCCUCAAUUGAGCCAUAUAUGGCAACCCAUUAUAUACUGUUGGCGCAUGCAUCGGCUGCUAGAUUGUAUAGGGAAAAGUAUCAGGAAAAGCAACACGGAUUUGUUGGGAUCAAUAUCUUUUCUUAUCAUUUUCUUCCUCUAACAAACACCAUCGAGGACAUAGCUGCCAGUCGGAGGGCCCAGGACUUUUAUAUUGGAUGGUAUCUCAAUCCCUUAUUAUUUGGAGAAUAUCCAGAAACAAUGAAGAAGAUUGCUGGCUCCAGACUUCCUUCCUUUACCAAAACUGAAUCAAAUAUUAUCAAGGGAUCGGUUGAUUUCAUAGGAUUAAAUUAUUAUAACGUAGUUUAUGCUAAGAACAAAGCAAGAAAACCACAGAUGCAUGAGAGAGACGUCAUGGAAGAUAUAGCUAUAGAAUUGACAACAGGUAUUACAAAUGCUUCGUUUGAGUUUCCCAUUACCCCUUGGGGUUUACAAGGGUUGCUGGAGUUCUUCAAGCAAUUUUAUUUCAAUCUUCCUAUUUACAUUCAUGAAAACGGGCAACGAACACGACGAAAUUCUUCAAUGGAUGACUGGCCGAGAGUGAAUUACUUGCAUGCGCACAUUGGAGCAACGCUUGAUGCACAUAGAAAUGGAUCCAAUGUAAGAGGCUAUUUUGUGUGGUCCUUCUUGGAUGCAUUUGAGUUACUUGAUGGAUAUGAUUCGGGUUAUGGUCUAUAUUAUGUUGAUUUGGAUGAUCCAAAUUUAAAAAGAAAGCCUAAGCUUUCUGCCACAUGGUACUCCCAGUUUUUAAGCAAAACUGUUAGGGAGCAAGUGAGACCCAUUGAACUUGAGAAGAAUUCAACUCAAUUCUCGCAAGCUUGUUCUUCUUAGGGCAUAGAUGUUUGUAUUGUGUAAUUUGGAUUCCUUGAAAUGUCGAGUCUGUAAAAGGCUUCUAAGAAUUAAAAGUGAUACAUCAUGGGUAA